UUGACGCGGAAACAAAGUGUCGCGUUUAUAGUUCCAUACGUGGGAAAAUUCGAAAUAUACACGGUAUUCCGACAAAAAUAGGAUCUAUUGACUAAUUCUUGAGUGAAAAUUCGUGUCGAAGAGGCCGUAAUGUGAACAUUCAAAUAGGAUAAUGUAUGUGUGUUUAUGCCUGCCAUUGGAGUGCAUCCUCAAUGUGGUUAUUAAGUUUGAUUAAAACAUUAUUUUAAUAACCUAUUUUGUUUGGGAGUUAAGAGUGUGUGUCCAUUAUAUCAUGAACGGCUAGAAUUAUAAAUCAAGAAAUGACAAGGAAUGUCAAACGACACACUGACGGCAGGCUCUACGAUCUCUCCGAACUUCACCAGCGUAACAGAGGGCGUGGGUGCGGCAGCACCCUCUCAUCACAUCAACAACAAUUUCGUCCAGCACGUGGCGCUCGCCAUCUUGCUCACCAUCGUUAUUCUCGUCGUCAUCAUAGGAAAUACGCUGGUAAUCUUAGCGGUCAUCACCACGAGACGCCUGCGCACUGUAACCAACUGUUUCGUCAUGUCCUUGGCGGUGGCUGAUUGGUUGGUGGGGAUUUGCGUCAUGCCGCCUGCAGUGGCUUAUGCACUUAUUGGGGUGUGGGAACUCGGUUGGGUCCUCUGCGACAUAUGGAUUUCCUUAGACGUUUUACUCUGUACUGCUUCCAUUCUCAGUCUAUGUGCCAUUAGCGUUGAUAGGUAUCUAGCAGUUACUCAACCAUUGAGGUAUUCCAGAAAUCGAAGAUCCAAAAGACUGGCCCUUAGUAUGAUCUUAGUAGUAUGGAUAAGUUCAUUGUUGAUAUCCUGUCCUCCAAUAUUUGGAUGGUAUGAACCUGGAAAACACGAAGGAAAAACCUGCAGGUACAAUAAAAAUACGGGCUAUGUGAUUUUUUCCGCUAUGGGAUCCUUUUUCAUACCAAUGGUAGUGAUGCUGUAUGUUUAUGUGAAAAUUUCAUGCGUCGUCGCCCAAAGACAUGACCAACUGGCUCAUAUAGACACCUCACAUCCAAGGAAAAAUCAGAAAUUAAUCUACAAUGCCAAAGAAGAAUCUGACAUAGACAGAGGAUCCUCAGAAUGCGAAGAAGCCAAUUUACGAAUUUCGAACACCCAUUCACCAGAACCACAAAACCACAACGAUCAACCAAAGAAACAACCAAUCACCCAAUCAAGAUCUCUCAGAGCCAACUAUUCGUAUUCGAACCAUGUCCACGAGCCUUUAACUCCAUCCAGAGCUGCCAGCUUAUACAGGGCAUCCUUUCCUCUGCGUCAAGCGAGGCCAGAAUCUCUUACUUUAGACACGUCCAUCCUUAACUACGAACCAGCCUCCAGAGUGUCUUCGUUCAGAAGAGAAACGAAAACGGCUCAAACGUUGAGCAUCGUCAUCGGAGGAUUCAUAGCUUGUUGGUUACCAUUCUUCAUAUUUUAUCUCCUCACUCCUUUCAUCAACACAAACGAGAUCAACAAAUUGAUCAUGUCGUAUUUAACAUGGCUGGGUUGGAUAAACUCCGCCAUUAAUCCAUUUAUUUACGCUUUCUACAGUCCGGAUUUCAGAUUGGCAUUUUGGAGGUUAACAGUAAGGCAUUUUUCGAAGAGUCAUCGACAGAAUAUCGCUUUACAACACAAAUAAAGUCAAUUUGUUAAGGAUAAGGGUUUUGAGAACCCCUGUAUAUAAAGAUUCUACCUCAAUGACAGAGUUAUACGAGCAUCUAGAAUUCGGGAUUGAAUUUUAGAUGUAACCAACAGAAUCAGUCAAUUUUUGAGGUUAUGUUAUAAAUGAGACGGGUGUCUUACCUCAGCGCGCAUUCUCUGAAGAAGAUGGUCAAUUUUGGGUCGAUAUAUGUAAAUAGCUCUUCAGAAAGUCGUGAGCGUGGCUGGGGUACAUAAACAGAAUUUUCGUUAUCGUUUAUUUUGCUUCAAGUGGAUGAACAUUGAAGAAGAAAUAGAAGUUAUGAUACCGG